AUGUUACAAGAACAUAUUUUGAAUCAUAGAAGGUCUAUAGAGACAACAAAAAUCUUUAGCAAUGACAAGCUUAAAAAGGCCACCAACAAUUAUGAUGAAAGUAGAGUCCUUGGCAAAGGGGGUUAUGGAAUUGUUUACAAAGGAGUAUUACCCGAUAACAAAGAGGUUGCCAUCAAAAAGUCCAAAAUUUGUGAUAAGAGCCAAAUCGAGCAAUUCAUAAAUGAGGUAAUUUUGCUUAUACAAAUCAAUCAUAGAAAUGUGGUAAAACUAAUAGGUUGCUGUCUUGAAACAGAAGUCCCCUUACUUGUUUAUGAAUUCGUCACAAAUGUGACUCUUUUUGACCAUAUUCAUGAUAUAAGUCGUGCUUUUUCUCUUUCAUGGGAAAAAUGUUUGAAGAUAGCAACAGAAACAGCAAGAACCCUUGCAUACCUACAUUCUGAAACUUCUAUGCCAAUUAUACAUAGAGAUGUGAAAAGUACUAAUAUACUAUUAGAUGAUAACUACAUAGCAAAAGUGGCUGACUUUGGAGUUUCAAGGUUGAUAGCUCUUGAUCAAACAGAAAUAACCACCUUAGUGCAAGGAACUCUCAAGUACUUAGAUCCUGCAUACUUCCAAACUGGCCAGCUAACCGAAAAAAGUGAUGUGUACAAUUUUGGUGUUGUGUUGGCAGAGCUGCUGACAGGUGAAGAUGCAAUUUCUACCAAUAGGCCUGAAACUUAUAAAAGCUUAUCAAUAUAUUUUGUUUCUGCAGUGAAAGCGGAUCGUCUUUUUGACAUUCUUGAGGAUCACAUUGUUAAUGAGGGUAAUAUCGAGCCAUUAAAGGAAGUUGCUAAUCUUGCAAAAGGGUGCUUAAGAUUAAGAGGGGAGGAUAGGCCCGCUAUGAUGGAAGUGGCAACGAAGUUAGAAGGAUUGAGAAUUAUGGAAAAGCAUCCACGGGAAAAAGAUAAUCAAAUCACUCAAGGAAUGGAAUACUUGCCCGAUACACCUACACUCCCUUUCAACAUUGAUAAUGGCGCUAGUUCUUCUGUAAGUGUAGUUAGUGGACAUGAUAGCAUGAUAAACCAACUCUUGAAACCCCUAGAUGAUGGUCGAUAA